AUGUACGUGCUACUGCUAAUCCUUUUAGGAAUCUCACGCUACAGGGCUCAGAAGAAUCCGCAAUUGCCAGAUGGAUUUUACGCAGCCAUCGUGAACAGCUUUUCGAACAGGAACAUUAUGUUCUCCACGGAGAUGAUACGAUCCAGCAUGCUGUUCAUCUAUGUGGGCGUGGAGGAGGGUGAAUCCGAGCAAAUUCGAAAGGCUAUGCACUACCGAGGAACCCAUCUAUCUGACUACAAGCCGAAAACCCAGAAAAUCUUUGUUAUGAGUGCGCAGAAGGCACCUGUGGCCAAGAGUGUUACCCGAUUCUAUGUACGUCUGAAUAUGAAGAUGUCCACGGAAUAUAGAGUUUUUAUGCGGCAUACAGAGGGAAGAGCUCGUAAUAUCGCCUUUGUUCGUGAAAAACUAGACGAGGUGAAUACAUUUUACAGCCAUGAAAUGGGCGAGCAAAUGGGGCAGGUGGUAAAAGAAAGCUGGUGGAAACCGAACAACCAAGGACUCCUCAUAAAUGCCAUUUUCUUCAAUUUGAGUUGGGCGCGAACUUUUAAUCCGGAGGCCACAUAUCCCCGGGAGUUUCGAGUAAAUGGCGCAAGGAGCGUUAUGAUACCCAUGAUGCACGAGGAUAGUAAGUUUGCAUUUGGCAUCCUAGGGAAUCUUAAAGCCACCGCCGUUCUGGUGCCCUUUUCCCAGGGAGAUCUCCAAAUGCUCUUGAUAAAGCCCGAUCAGCCUGAUGGACUUGCUGCCUUGCACAUUAAGCUGCAGGCCAUUAAUAUCUUAAGUGUUGCCAGGAACCUCACAAUAAUGGAUGUGUUUGUGGGUAUUCCAAAGUUUAAGAUGCACAGUGAUCUAGAACUCUCUCCAGCUUUUGAAAUGAUGGGCAUCAAGGAUAUAUUUAAGCCGAGCAAGUCAUUUUCAACGUUGCUGCACAGGAAUACCAACUUUCAGAUUGACGGAGUUAUCCAUGUAGUCACAUUUGAGUUUCAAGAGCAGGGCAUUGGUACGCCAAGUACGGAUGUUGGCAAUGGUAGUUUGACACACACCUUUAAUGGGGUGAAAUAUUUUCUGGCUACUCAUCCAUUUGCUUUCUAUAUCAUAGAUAACACAUCAAUUUUCUUUGCCGGUCAUGUAACAAGCUUUUAG